AUAAGAUUUCCUCAUACAACUCUGUACUGGGUGAGUGAACCAUAACAGUCUGAGUCUGGACAGCCUUCUGAGCUGCAGGGAGCUUUUGUGGUGUGACGGCAAAACAGUUUCUUUACGGUGGAUUUUAAGUGUUUUAAAAGCAUCAUGGGUGUAAGAACAGUCCUGUUGAUGUUUUGCCUUCUGCUGCUGACACAAUACACCCUCCAGCAGACCACCUCAAAGAAAAGAAAUGGCAAGAAAGACUCAAAUAAUAGUGCGAUUGAGGAGCUGAAGAAGCAGAUCAAUGACAUUGUUCAAGAGGUGAAUUUGUUGAAAGAGCAGCAAGCGUUACAAACAGUUUGCUUGAGAGGCACAAAGGUCCUUGGUAAGUGUUUUCUGGCUGAUCCAGUGAAGAAGAACUUCCACACAGCCAGUGACGACUGCAUCGCCAAGGGAGGCAGCCUGAGCACACCUCUGACAGGAGAUGAGAACGACCAGCUCUACAACUACGUCCGCCAGAGCAUCGGCCCAGAGGAGCACAUCUGGCUGGGCGUCAACGACAUGGUGACUGACGGCCACUGGGUGGACCAAUCAGGAUCCAGCGUGCGCUUUAAGAACUGGGAGACAGAGAUCACCCUGCAGCCGGAUGGAGGGCGCAGCCAGAACUGUGCCAUCCUGUCCACCACGGCCAACGGGAAGUGGUUUGAUGAGAGUUGCAGAGCUGAGAAGGCCUCGGUGUGUGAGUUUAACAUUGUCUGAGUCACACAUUUACAUCAACCUGUGCAGAUACACUCCAAUAUGAACAGUAAACACAUCUUACAAAAGAAAGAAACAUUAAGCAUUUGAAUCGUAUCAGGCAAAACAUUAAAAAAUAAUGUAGUGCAUCCUUUUUUUGUCAGUCUGCACAGAGAAUAAGUUUGUAUAAGCUAUAAGACACAGGGAAAUGGUAUUUUUACAUACAAAUGAUGCAUUUUCUCAAACAUUAGUAUGUCAGAUACUCAUCAAGGUAAACACCACUGUAUGGCCUGUAUUUGUUAUUAUAUCAUACUGUAUGUAUUUUUAUGUGAAUUCAAAUAAACUUUUUUAACAAACAGCAAG